AGGUAAGAGGCAGGGUGAGGAAGCCGGAGAGGGUGCUCAGGAUGGAGGGCAAAGGCUGAGCCCACCCAGUGAGAGACAGCUCCGGCGACUCAGAGACCGCUGAGCGUCUCCGAGAUCAGCGAACAUGUUGGACUUUUUACUGGAAUCCUCCCGAAGCGGCUUCCCGGCGCUCUCCAAGCUGUCGACGGAUGAUGUCUGCUCGGUAUGGGGAUGCGUGUGCGACUUCAUCGAAAACCAGCUGGCGCUGCAGAAGGGCGUACAGAUCCCGGGACUCGGGACGUUUACUCUGUCAAGAAUCAAACUAGACGUGGGCAACAAUAAAUUUAUCGUCAUGCAGAGGCCGAUUUUUCUCUUAUCCGAGAAAUUCGCGCAGGUCCACGGCGUGGCGUUUAGUAAAUCGUUCAGCUCAGGUGACAUUCCCGUUGUUCCGUUGAAUUUCGUAGCCGUGGCGCUGGCGACCCCCUAUACCAGAGACACAGUGGAGGGAUGCAUCAAGGAAACCAUCAACAUUUUCUCCCGUUCUGUGGCAACCAAACAAAACGUGGAAUUUAAUUUCAAAGGCAUCGGGGUUCUGCACAUCAGGGACCUCAAGGUCAAAAUGAAGUUUUUCAAAGACUUUAUCAAUUCCCUGGAUGGAACCGGCAGUUUGAUGAAGUCCCUUUCAAAUAGACCUGGAACAUGCGAUUCUGUAAUGUCAGACCGGCAAAGUGUGGAGCGCCCCCGAUCCUGCAGCGCUGUCUUAUUCCCCACGAUCGAGGUCAAAGAAGCGCAUAAUUCCCCCGCGAUGGAGACGAUUGCAGAAGAAACCGCCGGCGCUGACUCCGCAGAGGACCAAGUCGGACAUCUGGAUAAAGAACGCGAAGAGGAAAAUAUUAGGAAAAGAGAAAGUUCACGCCGCUUGCUGAACCGGCAGCGCAUGGUUCCGGCCAGAGUAACCGGGAUCAGCUUCGACGGGGAACUGGAUGGUUUUAUCAAACCAAAGACGGCCCCGGAAAGACUGAGGUCAUCGCUCUCGGCCAGUCUCCCGAAGGCUCAGGGCGAGCGAUGCAGCAGCCGGGCCGACGUCCUGCAGAUCCAUCCUCCUCCAUCCCCGGGGUGUUCGGACCACUGCCGGGCAGGCCAGGAACUGUGCUACCUGUGCAUGCAACGGGCCAAAAAGAACAUCCCCGUGUACUUCACGGAGGAGAAGAAACUGAGGGAGCUGGAAGAGGAGCGGGUAUUGCAGCAGUACCAACACAUGAAAGACCAGGAAGCUCUCCAGAAGACGCAGGUGGCUUCCCUGAUGAAUAAGGAACAGAGUCAGAAAGAUGCCGCCUACAACCUGGGGAUAGCUGAUGCCAUAAGAAACGAAAAGAAUCGGAGAAAUACUGCAUUUUAUAAAUCCUAUAUUUUUGAGGAGAGGCCGCUGACCCCUCCAGCUGCUCUGAAACAAAAGGAAUAUUACCAGUACUUAACCAAACAGAUGACGGGGCGGAAAGAGAAGGAGGUACGGCAAAAACAAGACCAGGAACUGCUGGACAGACUGGAGAAGGUUCAGCUCGCAGAAGAGUUAGCCGCUCAAAGGACCAAAUAUUUCAAAGACCGGAAUGAACAGACCCAAUGCUACAAAACUGCCCUGGACACCCAGGUGAAAAUGAAGCCGAGCUUCGUGCCAACGCCGCCGGCGGAUCUGCCGGAAUCAAUGUUCGGUAAGAAUGAUAUGACCAAUGAGAAGCUGGCGGAGAGAAGCAAGCGAGCCCAGGACUUGUACAAAGACCAGACACAAGCCGCAGCCGAGAGAAGGAGGCUGAUUAUCCUCAACGAGCUGGUCCAGCAAAGGAACGAAGCAGACAUGGUGCAGAAGUCAAAACAACAAAUGCUGGCGGACAGAAACGCCCAGUACGAGAAGAUAAGCAAGUUACAAAAAGCUCUAACGGACGACUGGGCCAAGAGUUCCGAAAUAAAGCGUCAAAAGGACUGUGAGGAGCAGCAGUUCAUCCGAGCUGGAAGUCACCUCCUCCUUGAUCAGUUUGAAAAGUAUCGCCGAUGCUUCCAGUGUAAGAGACGCACCACGAACUGCGGAGAGACCAACAUAUGGUGCGAAUCGAGAUACAUUCCUGGAUCUCGCUUAAUGGUCUGAAAACAAGAAAUGGGAUAAUUAUCCUAAAGUUCCAAUGCUAAUGAACCAUUCUGAUCCAUCUCACACUUCUUGAGUAAAUCCAACUCUACCUCUUAGCCAACGUCGUUGAGCCAACAAAUACUUGAAUCCGAUUAGGUAAUAAUUUUUGUGACUUAUAAAGGAAAUAGAAUAAAGGUUUCUUAGAUGUGCAUUAAA